AUGGAAGCCAAGGCAUUCUGUCAGCGUCUCAACUAUCACGGUCGAAAUGGCUCCCUUGCAACCGUUACAAGCCCUGAUGACAUCUUAAUCAUUUCAAAGUUCGCUGAUGACAUGUUCAAGUACGCGACUGGAUUUGAUGUACCGUCAUUCAUUUGGCUAGAUACACAUGCCAUGAACACCACGGCUAAGGCAUUCUGUCAGCGUCUCAACUAUCACGGUCGAAAUGGCUCCCUUGCAACGGUAACAAGCCCUGAUGACAUCUUAUUCAUUUCGAAGUUCGCUGAUGACAUGUUCAAGUACGCGACUGGAUUUGAUGUACCGUCAUUCAUUUGGCUAGAUACACAUGCCAUGAACACCACGGUUUCAGACUUGGAACCAAUUCUGGACCUACCCUUCGGCCAAACGAGUGACGUCACUCCGUGCGAGAAUAACCAAGUGGUGGAUAGCGAGGUUUAUCAAGUGGUGGGGACUGCUCAAAUGGUUCCCGGCCCAGGACUAGUGGAACAGCCAUGCGCAGUGCACGCACCACUUGGGUCCUUCUUAGAUCUCGGAGACUUUGCAGGGAGUUGUGUCUCAGACCCUGGACUGUGUGAGUCUGAAAGUGUGACCUGGUCCAUUUGGUUGAAAAUCGACACGCCGGUGUCUGUGAACAAAGACAGCUGGUAUUACUUGAGCUCUGGGGGACAGACUGGUCAGGCCAGAGGAAUAGCUUUCGCGUAUAAAGAAGAUACCAACACUCAGAGAUUCUUGUUCACGGCAAAGUCCGAACAAUUUAGGGUCCAUCGUAGGUAUGACAAAAGUAAGAUACCGCUUGACGAGUGGUUCCACCUCGCAUUCACGGCGGACUUGUCAGACACGCGGGGCACAGACUUGCAAUUAUUCGUCAAUGGGGAGACGGUCAAUGCGGACGUGACGGAGAACCAAUCUAUAACUCAAUCGGACGGGUGCACUCAUCUUUACAUCGGCAUGUCAAAUACAUGUGCUGGCACAUACUCUGUUGACACCUACGGUGGCUCUGCGGCAUACAGCAAUCUGGUUGUGUUUGACGGUCUUCUGGGCUCACAACAGAUAGCAAACUUGUACAAGUGUGGAUCUAUAGAUUGGCGCCCUAGGAUCAUCAACUUCACAAUGACCCACUACGGUAUCACUGACAGCGCAAUCCGUUUUAACUGCACGGCCGACGGUGACGUCAUCACCUGGAGUUUGCUCCACGAGAGCAACCACAACAACAUGAGUUCUGAGCAUUUGGAAGCCGCAGCGGGAGCCGGCUACACAAUUCAGGCAGUGAAUGCUUCUAGAUGCGUCAUUCACUCGACUCUUGAGAUUGAUCUCAGCCACGGUUUGCCGCUUGAGGGCGCUCUAGUGGCCUGCACGGCCCAUUCGUAUCGUCUACGCGACAAGGUGUCAAUGUUCAUCUAUCAAGGCAAACAAGUGAAUAUCGGAACAAGCGACCAUGGUUCUAUCGGUCUUUCCUUGCGGGAAGUAGGAAACCAUGAAGCCCAGUUCAUAAUCCAAGAUGGCGACUACUCUGAAAUGUAUUGCGACUCGGCGUAUCCCACCACCGCAUCAAACAUCGGUGAAUCUUGCUCAGAGGAUCAACAAAAUCAUCCCUUUAUUUGCCAGAUGUAAACGCAUUUUUCAGACAGGAAGUAUGAACAUGGGUAAUUGUUUUCAUUGAUAUCGUUGGACAACAAAAUCAAUCUAAAAACAAAAAGUAUCACACAAGUUGUCCAGGUCAAGAAAAAUACUGGCCCCAAGUGAAUAACAUACGAAUGCAGUACAGGUUAUUUAUUGACUAGUAUCUGUGUGAUCAUUUCACGUAAUUUGCAUACUAUAAUCAUAUAAGUUAUCUUUAUUUUCAUAUACAUUUACCACAAAA